GGAGGUGAAAGUGACCAGGUUGUGGAGGUGCGCGGCGCCCAACACAACCACCUGCGCAUGCGCUGUUUCCAGGUAUAUAAGUAAAGGUAGCUGUUGGUCGGGGACCUCAGGAGUGCACCAUGAUACGUCGAGUUACUACGCCGCUUCUCGCCCUCCUGCUAGCAGGAUGGGUGGUCGCCCAGACCACAGACAUGGACCCAGAACAAUAUUGUGCUCGCCGCGAUGAUGAAUACUUCAGAAAAGAUUUCGGCGACCCUGCCGAAUUCGCUAGUGAUUACAGAGCGAACUGCGGCGUGUACUACCGGUGCGUGCCAGCACCGGCUGGCAAGAGGUCCAUCAGUGCCUCCCAGUGCCAGAGUGAACUCUUCUUUGAUGUUCAGCAGCAAAUCUGUGAGCGAAAGUCUAAGGUCACCAACUGUGAACAAAUUGACAAGGAGCACCCGCCACAGCCUUUCUGGCCCUUAAGGGAAGGUGAGGAGUCCCAGUGCAAGUCUGGGGAGAUCAUGUGCGGAUCAGGAGAGUGUCUUCCCCAGCACCGCUUCUGUGAUGAGAACUCUGACUGUGCCGACGGCUCCGACGAGAACAUCUGCACUCCCGACAAAGAUCCCAACCGUGCUGAUGUGUGCGAACCCCGCACCUGCCUGUGGUCUCAAGGUUGUUUCUGCUCUGUGGAUGGCACCCGUAUCCCUGGAGACUUGACCGUCGACCAAACGCCACAGAUGAUUACCAUCACCUUCACCGGUGCUAUUAAUGAACGUAACUUCCGCAUCUUCCAAGAUGUUUUCAAGGACACCGUCAAGCACAAGGGCAACGACUGCACCCCCAAAGGCACCUUCUUUAUCUCUCACGGAUUCUCCAACUACUCCGCCAUCCAAGAGUUGAAUCGCGUGGGCCACGAGAUCGCCGUCAGUUCCAUCACUAACAAUGACAAUCCUGAUUACUGGAGCAAACUCUCCGCUCUAGAUUACGAGGCCGAGAUGGAUGGUGCUCGUCUCAUUAUUGAGAAAUUCGCUAAUAUUACUGCCAAUGAGGUCUUAGGAAUCCGCGUCCCCAAGCAGCGAGUUGGUGGCAACAGGCAAUUCCGCAUGAUGGUUGAUUGGGGCUUCCUGUACGACUCGUCCAUUUCUGCUCCUAUGGGUCGCCUUCCGCUCUGGCCCUACACCCUCAUGCACCGUAUGCCCCACAAGUGUUUGGGUAACGAUCAAAACUGCCCAUCUCAGAACUUCACUGUAUGGGAGAUGGUCAUCAAUGAGAUGGAUCGACGAGACGACCCACAGUUCGACGAACGACUGACUGGUUGUCACUUUGUGGACCAGUGUGCAAACAUUCAGUCCCCGGAGCAGUUCCGUGCCUUCCUCGACAACAACCUUGCCCGUCAUUACAGAACCAACCGUGCACCUCUAGGCCUUCAUUUCACAUCUGGCUACUUCGAGACUCGUCGUGACUUCUUGAGAGAGUUCGUAAAGUGGGUGAGAGAAACCGCCCUAAGUGGCGACUAUUUCUUUGUCACCAUGCAACAAGUCAUCAACUGGAUGGAAGCUCCAACUGAACUUACUGCAAUAAACAAUUUCCAGGAAUGGAAAGGCAAAUGCGAGGUAAAGGGUCAACCAUAUUGCUCUUUGCCCAACCCUUGCCCUAAAAAGGUACCUCGCAUUUUCCCCAACGAAGAAGAAAUGUUCCUCUACACAUGUAUGGAGUGCCCCAACACUUAUCCCUGGCUUGGGGAUCCUCAUGGCAACGGCUUCCUCGAUAUCCCUGAUUUCUAAAUUCUCACCCAUUGUUCCUAUCUUCUAAGUCAUCCCCCAAAAAAUUCAGUCCCCUUUAAUACUAAGAAUGCUGUCAAAACACAAAGCAAUUAUUGUUCUGUCUUGUCUUCGUUUCCAUGGCCACUAUACAGUUGGCACAACCGUCUGUCGGCCGUAGGUGUUCGGAUAGAAGCCUACUAAAACAGUAACACGGAGCUUUAUGACCGUCCACGAGGCUCUCGGUGUAUCAGCCCUUCAGAGAAUCCUCUCCUAGACAAUAACCAGACACACUGUAAACUUUCGGGACGACAAGAUAUAGGCAAGCGAACCGGUAUUAGGGAGGCCCAGAUAUUAUUUCCAUUAUUCUUGGGUAUUGUGUUCCUGGAUAUCAUUUGCAGGUAGUUUUUUCUAGCUACUGCUCCAGAGUACCGUGUCGAAGUAACAUAGCACGGCGGCGUGCCCAGGUGGUGUGUGUGCAAACAUGGAGCCAGCGUGAACCGCGGCGAGAGGGGCAGGUGUGCGGGGUGCCUCUUACCUGUAUUACCCAGUAUAUGUGACCUACUGCAGCUUGUUGUACACAUGACUAUUGCUGUUGUAUUAUAGUGUACAGUUAUUUUUUGUUAUUCGUUUAAAGUAUUUCCAAUUAAAUAAACACAUAUGAA